AUGGAGGUCGUCGAGGCUGUCUCUGCUGUAACGCCCCAGCCAACAAACUUAGUUUCAAACACCUUCCCAGAUGUAUCAGUCCCUUUAUCAUUUCCUGCGAUUCUGCGCAAUCCAGGAAUAAAGGAUAGAUAUGCCUACUUGUAUGAUUCAAAACCUAGAAACAUAUCUGCACCCACGAGAACAUACAAGAAGAAUAAGAGAGAUGAUAAUGAAGGUAGACGAUGGAUUAGGCGAAAGGAAAACGCGCAUUUCAUCGAGAACCCUCACAUUGCGCUUCCGACCAGGAAGGACUUCACUCUCCAGCUCAAUGAACCGAAGACGACCUUCCCAGAGCCCCUCCCUAAUUAUCUACACCGCAACACCAAGAUAUUAGCCACAUCUAUACCGGUAACCGAUCCCAUUUCUGCAGAUGCCGGCAGGUUCUCUUUCAGCAUAAAGGGGAUGCGCCGUGAUUUACGUCGGGCUGGGUAUCGAGCUGAACAUCUAGUGCGCGAAGUAGAAGCCGAGAUUUUGGAAUGGCUCGAUGCCGGAGGCAUUACACUCAACCCCGAUGCUGCUGACAGCAUAGACUUUUCUGAGGUUGUUGGACGCCCUGUUUCCGAUACUGGCUCCAUCAUAGAAGUCUUCCGGACACCACAGCUCCUCAUUUGGCGUAUUUCUGACGAUGCAUUCGCUCGCUAUGUUGUCCAUUGCUGCGCUAGGUAUCACAAUGUUGUCAGCUUCAGCAAAGAUAUUCUGGGCUCAAGGCUUACGCAUAUCCUCCGACCUAAUGUCACUCAGCCUGACCGUCAAGCAGCUGCAUCCUUGGACACUCCUCCCGUGACAGACCUCGACACCUCCUCUUCUCUUUUCGACUCAGACACAGAUUUCGGGUCUUCAGCUUUCGCUGACUCUGACGCCGAAUCAGUCGUCUCCCAACCUGGCAUUGUGGCAGCACAUAAUAACCUAUCUGACAUCGACGAACUCGGAUCACAGUCUGACGAUAUGUCUCCUGAGCUGGACACAGACACGUGGUCCGUUAUCGGAGACUCUGAUGCAGAUGGUGAAUUGUCCGAAGCAGAACAUUCCGUGGAGCGGCAGUUCACGUCGAUGUCUAUGCGCGUGGGGUCUGAAGAUCCAGAGCGCACUUUGGAGGCAAUAUCUCCCCGAAACCUGAGGCAAACCGGUCCUUCUGAUCGUUGGCCUGUACAGCGUUCCACCUCUUCACCUUCUCGCUCUCGUGUGCGAACCGCCCCGCGGCGACUGGUACUUCGUAAUUCUCCACCUGCGAUCAAAGAAACGAAAACUUUGUAUGCUUAUCUGUAUUCCUAA